AUGGGACUAAUUAUAGGAAAAGUUGAUAUAAAAGUUGAGAUAUAUUCAUCAGUUGAUAUAUUUGCAGACGAUACAACCUUAUCUGCAAGUACUCAUUGGAAUGAUAUUCCCUCAAUGGUCCAUGAUAUAAAUUGUGAUCUUGCUGCCUUAAAUCAGUGGUCGAUUCAAAAUAAGAUGAGCUCGAGUAUUAACGACGAAAAAACCAAGUUUAUGCUUAUAUCAGGAAAGCGUCUUGAAAAGAAAAUCUUAGAAAAAGGGAAGAUGGACAUAGCAGUUAAAGUGGAUGAUACACAGAUUACUGAAGUAAAUUGUCAAAAACUCCUUGGAGUAACGAGUGACAAUAGAUUAAAUUAUGAAGAACAUAUUGAUCGAUUAUGUCGGAAACUCUCGAAACAGCUUGGUCUUCUCAAACACAUUAGUCCGUACCUCAAGAAACAGCAAAGGGAGUUGCACUUUAAUAGUGUUAUCAAGCCUACGAUGAUGUACGGGAGUGUAAUCUGGGAUAAUUGCAAUGGUGAAUGUUUUCAAAGAGUAUUGAAAUUUCAAAAGCGGGCGGCCCGGAUUAUUUUGGAUGCAGAAGAGAUGGCACCUUCAAUUGUUAUGUUUAACACUUUAAAUUGGCUUCCUUUCACGAAGGAGUCUUUGAUCAAGAGAAUAAUGUUAGCGUAUAAGCGUGUAAAUAGUGCUUAUAAUACUCCUAGCUAUCUAAAUUCACUUUUAGCGCGAAAUUCAGACAGGCAUAGUAGGAAUACACGUUAUUCGAAUUUGAAUAUGCUAUGUCCAACUUACAAUCGUAAAACAUGCAGAAGGAGGCAGAACCUUCACUGUAAGAACAAUUAUAGACUGGAACAAAUUAGAUUUGAACGUUAG